AUGGCGCCGCCACCGCCACCGCCACCGCCGCUGGUCGACGACGUCACCGCCGAGAUCCUCCUCCGCCUCCCGCCGGACGAGCCCGGGCACCUCAUCCGCGCCGCCCUCGUCUGCAAGCCCUGGCUCCGCGUCAUCCGCGACCCCGGCUUCCGCCGCAGCUACCGCGACUUGCACGGCGCCCCUCCCCUCCUCGGCUUCCUCCACCGCCUCAUGGUGUUCCAAGGGGACCCGCCCGCCCGCUUCCCCUCCACCACGUCAAUGCCGGAGUUCCCGCACCCGGGCUCCGGCGGCCGCCGCACGCGCCCCCUCGACUGCCGCCACGGCCGCGUCCUCAUCCACAUGCUGCCGGGAUUCCUCGUCUGGGACCCCGUCACCGGCGACAAACACCACCUGCCGCCCGAGCCGGAGGAGAUCGACUGGCUCAUCUACUCCGCCGCCGUGCUAUGCGCCGCCGACGGCUGCGACCACCUCGACUGCCGCGGCGGCCCCUUCCGCGUCGUCUUCGCGGCCACCCACGAGUGCAAGGACAUCAUACUCGCGAGCGUCUACUCCUCAGACACGGGCGAGUGGAGCUCGCCAGUAUGCCUCGACAACACCUGUGAAAUCUACGCCCGGCACACCCGGGAGGCGCGUGCAGAUGGACCCUUGGGACGCUUCUACACGCCCUAUGUCCAGCCGAGGCGAGGCGCCCUCGUCGGAGAUGCGGUCUACUUCACUGUUCGGCGGGGCAACGCAAUCGUCAAGUAUGACCUGGGAAAGGACCGCUUAUCCAUGAUCGACCCGCCGCAACAUUGCUUGGUGCACGGCAUUGCUAUCACGGCAGUGGAGAAGUACACUUCACUGGGCUUUACCUGCAUUCAGGGUUCCACCCUUCAUACGUGGGCAAGGAAGGUGGAUGCAGAUGAAACUGCGGAAUGGGUACAGUACAGGGUCAUCGAGCUGGAGAAGACAGUACCUGUUACCAAUCCUGAAGACGAACUAUCCGUGGUCGGCUUUGCAGAGGGUGUGGGUGUCAUCUUUGUUUGCUCAGGUGCUGGCUUAUUCAUGAUCAAGCUCAAUUCUGGGCAGGUUAAGAAGGUUGAUGAGCCCGGAGAAUACUUUAGCGUGCUGCCCUACAUGAGCUUCUACCUUCCAAAAACAGGCAAUGGUGGUGGACAUGAUGCUACUGAUCUUCUGCACAGUACUUAAGAGGAUUGUCCAGUUAGAUAUGCUGUUGUGAUGUACUGGUUGGGCAGGUAUCUACUACAAUCACAUUCUGGUGGCUGAGAUGCAGAAAUGGGCUGUUUGGGUAAUUUCUUCCAUUUGUAUGCUUGACGCGGAGAUCGACCCUCUAUGUAGCUUCAAAGUGCACUUGUAGGAAUUGAUCACUUAAUUUGCCAACUUCCGUCUAUUAUCUCAGAUCCGUCAACUGUCAUGAAGGUUAUAGGCACAUUAACUUGCUCCGAUUAAUUAGUACUUCACUUGUGGCGCGUUGACCGUGCACUUGGAGGAGUUAAUCGCUUAAUUCGCUAAAUUCCGCCCGUUGUCUCAUUUCCAUAGACAUUUGUCGACUGUCGUGAACUUGUGAGGUGCUAACCUGUCAA